AGGCCGCGCGGCCCGGCCGGGAAUCCAGGUGGUAGCUGGUGGAGUCGCCUCCGGAGAGUGACGCGCAGACUCGGCUCCCCCGCGGCCCGCCCUCCUGCCGGCCUCGCCGCGGUCUCCCUUGCUCCCUGAGAUCGCUGAGCGCUGAGCAGCGGCCCGGGAGAGGAGGCCUUGGGCGACGGGGCGCGGAGAGGGAGGGCGGGCGGGCAGUGGGGGCGCCGCGGAUCUCUAUAUGGCGACGGCUCUGUCGGGUCUGGCUGUCCGGCUGUCGCGCUCGGCCGCCGCCCGCUCCUAUGGGGUCUUCUGCAAGGGGCUGACCCGCACGCUGCUCAUCUUCUUUGACUUGGCUUGGCGGCUGCGCAUCAACUUUCCUUACCUCUACAUCGUGGCUUCCAUGAUGCUCAACGUGCGCCUGCAGGUGGUGGUGGAAGAGGAAUAGGAGGAAGAGGAGGAGGAGGAGGAGGAAGAGGCGGAGGCGGCAGCCAGAAGAUUCUGGUCACUGGAUCCUCUGGAGCUGGAGUUGCAGGCAGUUGUGAACUGCUUGAGUCCAGGUUCACAUUGAGAUCCACUGAAGGCCAUCCUUGACUGAUAGGCCUCACCCCGACUCCCUGCAUCAAAGGGCACAGAGCAUGAAGGCUGGGAGAGGGACCCUGGGUGUCUGCCUGGCCAAACAGUCACAAGGAGGUGACCCGGACAAACUAGCAUGUGGCCUUAAGAAAAGAAGUCAGAAGAGGAACCCCAGCCCAUCAGUUGUGCCUUCUUGGACAGACCAGCCUGUAGCAGAUAGCCAUGGAAAGUCACGGGCCACGGGGGCAGCAGCCUCAGAAAUGAAGCAUGGUCAGAGCAAGGCCAGCCUCCUGCAUCAUGGUGGCUUCAAAGUGCUUCAGUCUCUGAAGGGAUCAGUGGGGAGGAGUUCAGCCCCAGCAGCCUCCCUCGGCAAGGCUGUGGCUCUGUCCCCUGCUCCUUCAGAAGAGCAACUAGCCGGGAUGUCCCAUGGCAUCGGGGAUGCACUAGGAAGUGACUGGCCAGGAAGAGAGCCCAGAGCCACAGACAACCGUGGACAGUACCUCAAAGGAGAGUCCUGGGUGUCAGGACGGCCAGGCCAUCCAAAACUGAGGGAAGUGGGAUUCCUAAGAGGUGAACCACCAAGUGCUGGCCCCAAGGGGCUAGGCACCUGGUCAGAACUGUCUCACCGAUACUUUGAGCUGGGCCAGCUGCCAUAUGCUUACCCCUAUUAUAAAGUUCUCCCAGAAGGCGAGCUGAGGUGUGUGUCCCUUGACCGUUUCAAUCCCGGGCUUUCAGAGGAAACAGUAGAAGAUGAGAAAACUCUCAAGUUCUUCAGAUGGUCCGCAGAUAGUCGUGGGGUCACUGGCUCUGCAAUCUUCCAGAUUAGCAAGUCUCUGAUGCCAUAGUUAAGGUUCAAGCAGAACAAGAAAAAUAGCAGAUUAACUUUAAUAAAGGUUGUCUUGCAGUUUCUUUUGCAUUAAGUCUGGCGUAUGCUGCAGCCGUUCAGUUCCUGUUGUUUCCUGUGAACCAGACGCACCUCGGUGGUUGAUGCAGAGGGGGACGUUUUCGAGCAUGUUCUCAAUCGUUUCGGAAAGACGCUCAGAACUGGGAACCCCCCCUCCCCCAGGAAAAUGAUUGAUGUGCUCCGUAUAAGAUCAGACAGGAACCUUUAUCACAGAGUUCUAAAUCAUGGAGACCCAUCCUCAAGGGCUAGCGUCCGGAUGCCGCCUGCCUCCGCUCACCUCUGGCCAUCUGAUGGAAGUGGAGGCCUGUAGGCUACGCCUUCCACUUCUUGUAAGCCUUGCUUCAGUCAUGAAGAGUCUUGCUUGCCAUUUCUGCACUGUACUGACUCGGCCAGAGGUCCCUUCUCACGUGUCCCCCUCCUUCCGCCCGAGUUGCAGUUUUUAAUGGAGGCACUUUGGAGAAGUUGCAAUAUUAAAUUGAGGAUAAUUUACAAUUACAGAAGAGUCUGAAGCUUUCCUGCCGACAGAACACAGACAGCAAACGAAGCAAUGAAGCAUUUUCCUUUAUACCGGCCCAGGACUUGUGAUUUCUUUUACAUUAAGAUUUUCUUCCAAAGUGACCCUCCCUCCUUCUGUGGUUUGGUAACUUUAAUAAAGGUCAUUUAAAGAGUGGACAUUUUACAGCCUCCCUACCCAAGACAGAGUUAAAAACAGCCAUGGGAGAGUUGGGGGACCCUGACUGUAUAUGUCAUUUAUAUUGUGUCCUAAAUUACUAUGCCAUGGGCUAUUUUAGUGUUUUGGGAAAAUAAUAAAAUCUGUUCUUUAGCAUAAUAAAUAUGUUUUAUUUUGUGUGUGUG